GGCCAGUAUCGCAAGGUGGUGGAAAGUGUUGAUACCUUGUUGGCCAAACCUGUCAUUACCAUUGAAGACCUUAUUGCGGCUGAGAAGCCCUAUAUCCGUUUGCCUCUGAAGCGUGAUCUUGCGGGGCCUACACCGAACCCCAAGAAGCAGAAAGGCAAAGGGGGGAAAGGCUCCAACAAGGGCUCCAAGGGAAACCUGAAUCUGAAUGGGGACAAGUGCCGCACCUGCAUUGAACAGGGCGUCUCUGAGGCCGAAGCGCCUGUGUGGACUCCUGAACAUCGGAAGGCCAAGCAUCCCAAGAAGAAUGAGAAGGGUUUUCGGGGCGGUCUGAAGUGA